GAACUACGCCAGGUGAGCCCUCCCCCCCGUCUGCUGCCGCCGCUUCUCUGAUGAUACUGCUGGGGCUCCGAGGCCCGUGACGCCAUCCCAGCCACAUGCUAAUCCGGCUCCACGCCGUACAUAUCUGACUCGCCAUGCUGCACACCGCCAUGCACACUCACCAUGCUGCACACUCACCAUGCUGUGGCCACAUUGCUGACCCUGUACUCUAGCAUGUCGGACGCGUACGACGACGACGACGCCUUUUUCGACGACCCAGAGACCCUCAACCUCCUCGUCCAAGUCGAAGAACGCGCCCUCCAGGCGUCGCAGGCGCAACCCAAGGCGUCGCAGCUGCCCGCGAGGAAUACCGUCGCAGCCGACAACUAUGGCAACAGGCCGAAGCAGCUCGGCGCGAGAAGGACGCUGCCGCAGCCUGUGAAUGCAACGUCAAACAUACGCGCGCAAUGGAAGCCGCCCGUCCCGGCAGCCGCGGGUGGAAGUAGAAGCCGGCACGGAGAAGAGCCCCCGCCCAUCGAUAUCGUCGUGGACAGUACCGGGCGGUACGACCUCGCCGCAGGCUCAGCGGACGAAGCCGUCGUCACAGAUAACCGGCGAUCAAAAUCUCUUGCUCUCGGAGCCCGACUGGGGCUGGGGCAUGGACGAUCUGGCUCGACCUCCAGUGUGGGUGGUACGGCAAGGAAAAGCGAGGGCGAGGAUGGGAGGAGUACAGCGUCGGAAGAACGCAGACGGGCAAUCACCCAAGCCCUCAGUGGAGCUGAAGCCGGCACCAAGACCCUCUCGCGCUCGAAUUCUACAUCCAGCAUCACCGCUCGUCUCUCUCAUGCUCCAGCGCCAGCCCCACCACCACCAUCACAACCAUUCAACACCGCCCGCCAACUAUCCCGCUCUGCCUCUGUCGGCUCGCACGCCGGCUCGCAGGUAUUCGGCGCGGCUAAUCAACCAUCGCCCUUGCAAGGCAACGCGAGACUACCUCCCAUCCCUUCAAGCGGCGGCGGGUCAGGGUCGCAGGGAGGUCAACGUCAGAGAUACGGGAACGUGCAGGCAGAAGAGUUGUUGAAGAAGGAGAGAGAAAGACGGAUCGCGUUGGAGACGGAGCUUGCGAGGCUUCGAGCGGGUACCGCCUCCUCCAACACCACCACCACUGCGAACGCGCAAAAAGUGACGGCGGGAGAUGGCGGGGAUGAUUUGGAGAAGAAGAUUAAAGAGCUGCAGGCGCAGAUGUGGGCUGCAAAGGGAGAGGCAGAGACUAUCCGUCGGGCGCAGAAAGAGGAAAAAGAUCGAUUCAAAGCAGAGCUCGAAAGGCUUCAACAAGCUGUAGCUGAAAAAGAAGCACAGGUCAAGGAAAAAGAAAUUCAGUCCAAGCGGAUGAUAGAGAGUGUACGACAUCAAGCAAUCUUUACCAAUCACGCGAUCCAAACCUCGGCCGCGAAACCCCGUCCACAAGCUUCUCAACGCGCAUCAACAUCUUUUCAAUUCCCCCGACAUCUUCCAACCCCUGCCCGCGGGAACUCUACCAAUCUAGCCUUCCACGCCGAUCCAGACGUGACGCCACUCGCAAAAGGGGCACGCGAGAAUCAUAAUCACCGCCGACCGCCGUCGCUCGCGCAAACACCCGGUCCGGCCUCGGUCACGCCCUCAGCGUUUUAUAAUGCGUUUGCAGCGACGCCAAAGAUUGUUGCCUCGGGAGCGGGGUCUAGAAAAAAGUUGAAAACGUCGCAUGAACAUGAACAUGAACGGUCGCCGCAACCUUCACCUCCGCCUUCACCCUCACGCUCUCAGUCCCAAGCUCUUCCCACAAGAUCACAGCUCGUGCCCGAUGCUCAUACUUCCCCCACCAAAUCUCCCAGAGGAUCACCGCGCAGCAAGGCGGGUGUAUCGCCAGCGCCGACAAGGCAUCGUCUUCGAAUGGGUGGUAAUAAAGGGAAAGAGAGGACACAGAGUUCACCGUUUAGGUCUUCUCCGUCAAGAGUGUCGAGAAGGACUAGUUCGCCCACGGCGUCGUCGAUGGAUAUAGAUGAUGAAGAGCCGGAUGCGGAUUGGGAAGGGGAUGCAGGAAAAGAGACCACCGAUCAGCGUGGUGAAUUUCUCUACCAGUUAUUCAAUCACACCCCACUUUCAUCAUACCAACCGCUUCUUCUCUCAUACACCACCGAACCGUCACUAUACCGUAUCCUCACCUACCACCCGCCCAUGCAACCAAAUCCCCCAAAUCAUUUGUACAUGACUGACCAACCCGGUCUCCGCCGUCCUGAUCUGCAACAGGAUCAACAUCAGAGACCAGCCGGGCCGGCAUGGGGAACACAAUAUACCGCGCAAUGUUAUGAGCUUCUCAAGACGUGUGGGACAGGGGAGAUGGAUGACUUUGCGGUGCUGGCACAAGGUGUGACGAGGUGUCUGGGCGGGAUGCUGCAAGCGUUGGUAUCUGCCAUCCUGUCCGAGCGGGGAAAGCAGGAUAAAGACGAGGACAAGAAGGAUGUUUCGUAUUAUGAAAUCACAGCCCUUUCAAACCUAUACGACCUCUUAUCGUCCCUUGUGCAUUUAUUCCCAUCGAUCAUCACUUACAUUUCAGAAAUCAGCGUCAUCAUCCCGGCCACUCAGCGGCUGGUUGUCGAGGUGUUUAGUAGAGAAGGCAAGUUGGAAGAGAUGGAUACGAGGUUGAAAGCGGAGAGGAAUAGGGAACGGAGGGGAGGUGGGCAAGAGAAAAUGGAGACGGAAGAAGAAGGGGGGAAGAAGAAUGAAGACGAGGAGAAGGAGGAAGAAGAGCACGAGAGUGAAGAGGUGAAGAUGGAAGGGAGGGUGUUUGCAGCUUGGGCUGUAGAGUUGGGCGAUGGGAUAGCGGGGCUGUGUGAGGCAAUGUGUUGGUAUGGUGAUGGCUCAGGAAUUUGGCAAGGUAGUGAGCUUGUAGAUAUCAUCCUCGGCUUAACAUCCCGAUCGCUUGAUAGUCAUACCGUCAGAAGAGGUUUGGAAGUGUUUUUCGCUGCUGCCAUCCAUGGAAAUCACUUUGCAUUCUUGACGAGUCCCACUGAGAGCACACCCAGCCUGGCUGGACAACCUCCCCUCAUAGAGAGACUGAGUCGAUAUUUGAUUUCACCGCAUCCUAGCGCCUCAUCUGAAGAAAUAUUGAAAAUGAACUUGAUGAUCGUCAAGGGUAUGUGCAUGAUGGCAGUGUCAAACACAGAUGCCGUGGUCUUGAUGGGUUCAAAAACCAUCUUGGUACCUGCCCUGGUGCUGGUUCUGCAGGCGGAGAGCUCAAAGAUAUGGGGUAUACAUGCGUACCGUACGCCAGUUGAAGACGCUUUGGCACUGCUGCACCCUAGCCUUUCAUUAUUACACCAACUCGUGUUCCCCUUCCCACCUUUUGAUUCCUCGUCGCCACCGGCUACUCUUCCUUCCGGAUCGGCAGUAAAUCCCAAUGCCACGCCUCAACGUAACCGCCUUUGCUCGUCUCAAAUUGACUCGGACGCGCCUAUCGGUAUCGACCUUGUCCAGGUCUUGCAGCAGACCAGUCAGAUAAAAGAGUUCAACGGAUUGCAACACAUGUUUGUCAGUGCAAUGGGGUGCAUGGCGUAUGGUAUAUUCGGCGAAGGAAUUGGAUCUGAGCAAGGGGUAGAAGAGGCGGAUCUCAGAGCCAUUCAAGUGCUAAGCGGCGACUUGUUGGAAAAUGUUGUCGAAGGUCCUGAAGGGGAUGUCAUCUAUGAGUUGUACGUACCUAAUGAGGAAGCUCCACCAGAAGGGAUUGAAGGAGAUGGGGAUAAGGUGCAAGUGGACGAAGACGUGUAUCAGGAAAUGGAUGUGGAUGAAGGAUGACCUACUACGUAAUAAGGGGUUGGCUCCGUGCUUCCCAAGUUUGUAUUGAUAGUUUGCUUAUACGAUGCUUUAUCAUGGGUUAAUAGAUUUGUAUGUAUUACGACGAUUACUGCUG